AUGCUCCUCUCGGCCGCCCCCAUGGCCCCUGAGAUGGCUGGCCCACGCCCCCCAGCGCCCCCCGGACCCCCACCGCCCCUGCUGCCCAAGCCUGGGAAAGACAACCUGCGUCUGCAGAAGCUCCUGAGGAAGGCAGCCCGGAAGAGUAUGAGCAGGGGCGCGCCCCCUGGCCCGCCCGGCACUUUCCGCACCUCCCUGUCCCCCGUGAGCGAGGCCAGCCACGACCAGGAGACGCCGGCCCCGCACCCCCUGGAGGCCCCGCCGGCGGUGGCCCUCCUGCCCCGCUCCCCCCACACCCGCGUCAUGCACCAUGUGGCGUCUGCCCUACAGAGGUCCACGUUCUCCUUCAGCCUCACCCAGCGCAGGAGCCUGGCUUCGCACUUCCAGGCCCCGGGGCCCCGGCUCGUGGCCCCAGCCCCCCACCCCGCCUGGUCCCCCAGCGGCUUCACCCAGGUCUUGGCCCCCACGGCAAGGAGCACCCAUGUCAGCCAGGUGCACAUCCGGAUGGCACCAUCCCCGCAGGCCGAGACCCCUGAGCCCCACCAGACAGCCCCGGACGACGGGCCCAGUGACCAGGACCAAGACACAGCCCCCUGCCCUCCCGAGCCUCAGCCCCUGAUCCCCGUGGCCCACAUCUGCCCACUGCCUGCUGGGACCCAGGCUGCCAGCCCCAGGCCUGAGGUGCUCCCUGUGCCCAGGCCAGCGCCCGGCUUCCAGGCCUCGGUGCCCAGAGAGGCUAGCACCCGGGUGGUGGUACCCAUUGCCCCCACUUACCACUCGCCAGGACCCUCACCCUAUAGGCCGGCCUCUGUCACCCCCGAAGCUGGGCACCUGGAGGAGCCCCCCACGGCUGGCCCUGCUGCUGAGGCCGGGCGAGUCUCCAGCCCCCAUGGGGCCUUGUCCCCUGCCCCACCAUCAGGCCCCCACCCUAUCCCCAAAGUUGUAACCAAGCCCCGGCUCAGUGGCUGGACGCACCUCAAGAAGCAGCUGCUGGAGGAAACGGAGGAGUCCCCCUUCUCGGGGCUGGAGCCGAGCCCAGGGCACACGGAUCCGGGGAGGAUGGCCCCCACCGACCCGGCCCCCCAGCCGCCCACCGACCCAGCCCCCCGGCCCCCCACGGACCUGGCCCCCCGGCCACCUGCCUCCCGGGCCUCCAGGAUAUGGGACGCGGUGCUGUACCGCAUGUCAGUGGCCGAGUCCCGUGGUGGCGAGGCGGUGCCCCGGGAUGGAGCUCGCAACCUGGCCAGCCUCAGCCGCCUGCCCUUCCUUUGCCGGCCUCGCUUCAACGCCCGGAAGCUUCAGGAGGCGGCUGCCCGGCCCCCUCCCAUGGGCCACCCCGUCCUGGUCCUGAGCCCCCAGCCCAAGAACUUCAACCGGACAGCAGCUGGAUGGAGGCUCCAGUGA